CCAACCCAUUAUCAAUUGUGUAUAAUUACCCAUGGGUGGGUAAUUCGCCAUCCCUAAUUUUCGGGCUGACGUCCAUCCGAGUUGGACUCGAUCGGAGGGAUGGAAGGAGGACUCGGAAUAUUCUAAGGAUGGUUCUAGUAGUCGCAUGGGAUGUGCUGGAAACCCAUGCGCAUUUCUCCAGCAGCACACACUAACAAAUGAAAGAAGAAGAAAAAAUAAUAUAAAAAAAGCCACGCUCAUGGGUUGCCACGUGUCAUCUUUCAUCAGCCUCCACGUGUCCUGACUCAUAAGGAAAUGAACCAACCUUCAAACGCUCACCGCCGACUGGAAACGCCGUCGUUUAAUUACCGUAUACACAUAAAAGCAUCUUAUCCACAAUUACUAACAAAACACUAUAACGAAAUAUGGAGCACGAAUCGGUGCAAGGGGAAAUCCAUUUUUUUUUAUAUUACGGCCGAAUCUGUCUUCCAACACGUGGAUUGCCUUGCUUAAUUACCAAUACUUUAUCAGAUUUUAGACCUCCCAUCUGCUUUCUUGCUUUUGGUGGGGGGAGAUAAUUAGGGCUCAGUCACAGCUUGAAGAUGGAAUGGAGCCAUUAAUUAUAAGUUGGCAGCUGGUACCUGUACCACGAGAUCUGCGUUUACCGGCAAAGUGAUUCACGUUUUACGUACAGAGCCGCCGGAGAGCUGUGAUAAUAAUGAUUACCGUGAAAAAAGAAGGCAGGACCCGAAAAGUAAAAAGACCGGCGCCAGUAAAAUCCAAACAUACAGUUCUCAUUAAUUAAUUAACUCGUUAAUUAAUAAUUGGUGUUGUUUAAUUAUGCAUUACUAAUCAAUUCUUUCAGUAGCUUAACCAAUUAGUAGGCCUAGGCCUUAAAACGGUGGGUGACUUUUUUGGAACUAGAAGAACAACGGCAUAUGCCGUACGUAUCAGUUUUUUUUUUUUAAUAUUUUAUUUUCUAUGUUAUUUAUUAUUAUUUUCUAUAAAUAGAAUAGGAUUAGGCAUGCUUUGAUGCGUCAUCUAGUCUAGUGUCAACAGUAAAACCACCAUGGAUUAUUUUAGCGACUUUGCGCUAUGCACUGUUAUAUAUUAGGUCAGGGUCAAAGUGGGUCAACCCGCGGAUUGACAACCUCGAUAGAGAUUAACCUUUUUUACCUUGUGACUUUUCUCUCACGGCAAUUCUAUCUGUCUUGUUGUCCCUCCGUCAAGAAAAAGAGAAUUUUCUCGUCCCUCGUUUAAUCCAACAGAAAACAAUUUUCCGAGAAAAUAAUUAUCGAGUCAGAAGACGAGCAUAACAGAAUCUAGAACAUACAGACCGAUCAAUCAAACCUCUCUUUCCCCUUUACUUUCGUCGCACUUUCCUUCUCCCCCAACCCAAUUGCUCGGUUGAACGAUUCGAAAACCGGAGCUCUCCACGCCAUCUGUUUGCCUAAUAUUCACAAAAACCUCUGCGGUCCAAAACCAGAACCAGAAUCCUCUUGCAGCUUUUUUUUCUUGUUUGCUCCUCGUCUCUCUCAAUUCAAAUAAUAUUUACAUAAAUUUUCUCCCCCUUUUUCAUCCUCUGCUCCAUUCUGGUUUCCAGAUGGUCAACAGUCGUCUCCUAUAAGUAUGGGCGGCCUCCUCUCCAAAUACUCCCCACCCAGUUCCUCUUUCGGUGCAUGGAUUCAUCGAUUUUCUCUCUUCACCACUCGUCGCCAUUGAUCCUCUCCCUCGCUGCCUCCUGCCCCAACAGCACUUGCUCCCUCGGGCUUUCUUCUCCUUCCGGCAGCUUCAGUUUCGGUCCUCGUCGUCUCGAUUUCAGUUCCGUGUCCCGGCGUCUCAUGGCGGCACCGUCACCAGCAGCGUCUGACAACAAGGCCACCACCGCAAACGGCGGCGUCGGUAAUGGCCUGUUCAAGCCGAAGAUCGUCAACGGCGAUUAUGGCUACGUUCUUGAAGAUGUUCCUCAUUUGACCGAUUACCUCCCCAAUCUUCCAACUCAUUCCAAUCCUCUGCAAGACAAUCCUGCCUACUCCGUCGUCAAGCAGUACUUCGUUGAUGUGGAUGACACCGUCCCUCAAAGAAUUGUUGUUCAUAAGGAUAGUCCGAGGGGUGUCCAUUUCAGGCGUGCUGGACCACGCCAAAAGGUCUACUUCGAUUCCGACGAAGUCCAAGCUUGUAUUGUGACUUGUGGUGGUCUCUGCCCAGGACUCAAUACUGUAAUCAGAGAAAUUGUUUCCACCUUGUAUUCCAUGUAUGGCGUGAGGAAAGUGCUUGGGAUCGAUGGAGGAUACAGGGGCUUCUAUGCUCGAAACACGAUAGACCUGACGCUUAAGGUUGUGAAUGAUAUUCACAAACGUGGUGGAACCAUCCUUGGGACUUCACGAGGAGGUCAUGAUACCAAAAAGAUAGUUGACAGCAUUGAGGACCGGGGUAUUAAUCAGGUGUAUAUUAUUGGAGGUGAUGGUACACAGAAAGGAGCUGCACUUAUAUAUGAGGAAGUUAGAAGGCGGGGGCUCAAAGUCGUCGUUGCUGGCAUUCCUAAAACAAUUGAUAAUGAUAUUCCGGUGAUCGACAAAUCAUUUGGCUUUGACACUGCUGUUGAGGAGGCUCAACGUGCUAUUAAUGCUGCACAUGUUGAAGCUGAAAGUGGAGAGAAUGGCAUUGGUCUUGUGAAGUUAAUGGGUCGUUAUAGUGGUUUUAUUGCCAUGUAUGCUACUCUUGCAAGUCGAGAUGUAGAUUGCUGCCUCAUUCCAGAAUCACCAUUCUUCCUGAAAGGGGAAGGUGGUCUUUUAGAGUUCGUUGAGAAACGUCUAAAGGAAAGUGGGCACAUGGUUAUUGUGGUAGCUGAAGGUGCUGGGCAAGAGCUCAUUUCUGAGACUAAAUCAAUGACAGACGCUUCAGGAAAUAAGCUUCUCCAAGACGUUGGGCUGUGGUUAUCACAGAAUAUCAAGGAUCAUCUAAAAGCACAGAAGAUGCCCAUAAACCUCAAAUAUAUAGAUCCCACUUACAUGAUUCGUGCUAUUCCAAGCAAUGCAUCUGACAAUGUUUACUGCACACUACUCGCUCAGAGUUGUGUUCAUGGAGCAAUGGCUGGGUACACAGGCUAUACAUCUGGUCUUGUAAAUGGCCGGCAAACAUACAUCCCUUUCUAUAGAAUCAUCGAGACACAGAACAAGGUGGUGAUAACAGACAGAAUGUGGGCUAGGCUUCUGUCAUCAACAAAUCAGCCAAGCUUUAUGUGUCCUAAACUGGUGGCAGAGAAGAGGAAGGAAAUGCAGAUGGCGACGGAGGCACAACCUUCCGGACAGUUGAUGGAUGAUGGGAACACUGGCGCUGAUAAGAAGGCGGCAAACAAAGAGGUCAGGGCGUGACUGAGAUUCCCCCCAAAAAAAAGUAAAGAACCCCAUAAUACUCAAUUAUAGAAUUUUAACCAACAUUGCUUAGGCUGCAGUUGUUUUUUUGCCCCAUCUCUCCUUCUUCCACUGUUUGGUACCCGCCUUUUUUUGGUUCAGUAGCUCCCACUAGUUCUUCAGUAAUCCUCAGAGUCCUACAUUCCACAUCAAAGUGAGUAAAGUAAGGUGUACAUUGAUCUCUGAGAAAGCUUUACAUGUUGAACAUAGUCAGCUAUUGAGAUGAUCAAUGAGGGUGAUUAGCUCAUGAUUUUGUGAGGUGUAAUGUAUACUGCAACGAGACUUGGAUUGAAUGCAUAUAGUUAAGCUGUUAAUGCAAUAAUAAAGUGAACACAUGUAUGAUGGAAGUUAUGAUGAACUUCCAUAUGUUGUUCAUCCCUGGCUGUUGUUGUACAUAUGUAAUUGAGAUUCUGAUACUGGUAGGACUAGGGGGAAAACUCGGUCCUGGAAUUUCCGGUGACCGGACACAUGGAGAGAAGCCAGUGGAAACUAACUGGGAACCAUGUUACAACCGUAGGGGCCGGAGGGAAGCCGCGAUGGGUAUGUUCUGGAUUUAGAAGCCUUGAUGUGUAUAUGGAUCUAGAAAGCAGAAAUUUGGUACCUACUCCUUGCUUGCUGCUCCAUGCUGUAGUUUGUUCUGAGAGGGGUGCUGUCUUGGCAAGCUACAUAAACAGAGUUGCUAUUUCUUCUGCUGGAUAUUUUGUUGCAGAAUAUAAAGUUUGUUUGGUAGAAGAAGACUCUUGUUGUGGGGAAAGGCUUCUUUUUGGUUUGGUUUACGGAUUCAGAGUUCCCCAUCCUCGUAGUCCGACUAUGCACAUUGGCCAAUUUCGGGGGUUGCAUUUUUUUUUUAUAUAGCAGUGUUUUUGUUUUUUGGUUGAAUAGAAUAGUGGUGGUAAUUCUCAAUCCAAUCCACCAAUCCAAUCCACCAACUCAUUAAAAAUAUCCACCUAAUCCAAUUCAUUUAAAUCCAAUCCAUUUGAUCCAAAUCCAAUUGGAUUUGUUGGAUUCAUGGAUCGAUCCAUGGAUCCAAAUGGCAAAUUACGGUUUGGUAUCUAUAAUUUUUAUAUCUUACAUUUUGGUACCCAAAAUUUAAUUUUUUAUACGAAAAAUAUCAUUGGAAAUUACAUUUUGGUACCUAAAUUUUUUCAUUAUGACAUUUUAGUACCUAAACUUUUCACAUUUUACAUAUUGGUCCUUGGUUGAGGAUGUUAUUUGGAUUCAUGGACAAUCCACCAUUCCAUGAAUCCAUUGGAUCCAAUCUAUUUGAUCCAUGAAUCCACCAAUCAAAUCCACCAAUCCAUGGAUCAAUCCAUUUGCUACCUCUAAAUCAGCACAAUUGGUGUAAAUAGGGUCUGCAGUUAUAGCCGCAAUCCCAUUAAAAAAUCAAACAGCCU